AUUUUAUAAAAUGGCAGAAACAAAAGAAGAAGUUAAAAUUUAACCAAAAGUUUAUUCAUAUGCAGACUUAAUUGAAUUCGAAAAUAAAUAAGCAUUUAGUUCAAUAGGCAAAAUGCCAAUAUCAACAAAGCAAACAUUACCAAGUUACAGUUUCGGUUCUGCUGAACGUGCUAAUUAAGCAAAACUUUACCAUAAUAAAGAAUUAGCAAGAAUAGAUUUUGCAGGUAUGAAAUGAGUAUAAUUUUAAAAGGAAAAUAAAGUCCAGGACCUGCUUAUAAUGUUAGAGGAGGAGAUUAAUUUUAUUAUACAAAAGAUGCAAAUACUAAGUUUGGAACAGAUGCUCGUAAUACAUUAAAUACAGGAGCAAAAUUUGAUUAUUAUCAAAGAAAAGAUGUUGAUGUAAAAGUGUUAUUGAGAUUAAAAGUUUGAACCAUAAGAAGCAGAUUUAAUUAGAAAGACAAAAGGUCCAACAGUAAAAAUUGGAUUAGAAUCAAGAGUAUAUAAUUAUAAUUUGAUUUAUAGUUUCCUCCUGAAAAAAGACUAAAAGGAACUCCUGGUCCAUAAUAUGAUCCAGCAAUUAAACCAGAAGUACCAACUCCACCUUAAUUUUCAUUUGGAUAUAGAAGAGAUAUUCCAGGAGCAUCUGCAUUAGCACCAACAUGUUCAACUCCUGUAAUUGUUGGACCUGGAGCAUAUUUAUAAAAACCACCUGCUAAUACAAGUAAUUUAGAAGAUGCUUCACAUUGGACAAUACCAAAAGGACCUAAAAUUGGUAAAAUAUUUGAAGGUUGGGAUAAAAAUUAAACUUAUGAUACUAAAUAGUAAAUUUUAUAAGAUAAAAAGGGUUGCUGUUGGUGUUUAAGUCAAUUCUAAAAAGAAAUCAUAUCCUGCAUUCAGUGUUGGUAAAUCAACUAGAGAAGCUAAAGUUGGACAUUUCAAAUAAUUAAUGGUCAAAGUUCCCUCUAAAGUACACAUUCCUCAUCCUAAAAUUUGA